AGACGUUUUAGGGUGAGGUUCCUUUAAAUUAAACCGCGCUCUCUCGACGUUUUGGACUUCUGGACCUGCCGUAGCGGCAAGGUGAUUGGCUAGCUGUCUGCUGUCAUCCAAUCACGCCAUAGAUUGUGAUUUGGCAGACGUUUAAUAGAAUCGGACGAUGGGACGUCCAGCUCCACAGAAGGUGAACACCUACGGACUUUCAGAGUUUUUCUGAAUAUUUUUUUCUUUGUUUCAUUUCCAACUCUACUCGGACAUGGAGAAAAUAGUGGUAGUAACCGGAGCAAACAGCGGCAUCGGCCUGGCCCUGUGUGACCGGCUGCUGUCCGAGGACGGCCGGCUGCGGCUCUGCCUGGCCUGCAGGAACAUGAAGCGGGCCGAGGCCGCCCGCGCCGCCCUGCUGGCGUGUCACGCCGGCGCGCGGGUGGACCUGCUGUGCCUGGACGUGGGCUCCGCGCGGUCGGUGCUCAGUGCUGCAGAGGAGCUCAAGGCCAGGUACCGCCGCGUGGAUUUUUUGUAUCUGAACGCAGGAAUUAUGCCCAACCCAACGGUGGACAUAAGAGCGUUUUUCAAAGGACUAUUUUCCAGGAAUGUCAUCAACAUGUUUGCGACGGCUGAGGGUCUGCUGACUCAGCAGGACCAGCUCAACCCAGACGGCCUUCAGGAGGUUUUUGCCACGAACCUGUUUGGUCAUUUCCUCCUGAUCAGGGAGCUGGAGCCUCUGCUGUGUCAGCCGGGUCACACCUCCAGGCUGGUGUGGACGUCGUCCAGCAACGCCCGGCGCUCGGCCUUCAGCAUCCAGGACAUCCAGCACAGACGAGGGAAGGAGCCCUACAGCUCCUCCAAAUACGCCUCGGACAUGCUCAGCCUGGCGCUCAACAAACACAAGAACCAGCAGGGGCUGUUCUCCUCUGUGAUCUGUCCAGGCCUGGUGAUGACUAACUUGACCUACGGGAUCCUGCCCUCCUUCUUCUGGACCCUCAUCAUGCCCAUCAUGUGGUUGAUCCGUAUUUUCACCAACACUUUCACGCUUACGCCGCACAACGGAGCCGAGGCACUGCACUGGUUGUUUCUUCAGAAGCCAGAGUCUCUGGAUCCCAGAGUGAAGUACCAGAGCUUAACAUCCGGACUGGGGACCAACUACACCGAGCCACGCAGGAUGGACCUUGAUGAUGAAAUGACUGAGGUCUUCUUCUCCAAGCUCCUUGAGCUUGAGAGAGACGUGAGAAGAAACCUGAGCAAGAAAACGGCUGACAGUGAACAUUAUCAGCAGUAUCUCAAUGAAAUACAGUAGCAGUUUUUAUUUUAUUUUUUAAAAAAAAGGUUUUCUGUCUUGAUUUUUUUUUUUAACCACAUCAAACAUGCAAUAUUUCAUAACUACUGCAAAUUGAACUUCAUUAAAUGUUUUUGCUGAA